CUUUAAAUGUCUUGAAUCAAAAUAUCUUGUCUCGCCUAGAAGAAUUGCGCAAUCCCUUAUUUGAAGCAUUGCGGCAUGCUUACAUUUGAUAAGUGAAGUGCCUUCGAUAAAUUUCCUGGAAAUAUGUUACUUACGAUGAAAUUCUAAGGGACCGCUGUGCCGCUCUGUUCCAAAGUCCUAAAUUCUUCUCAAGAUGACGAGUGAGCAAAGUAUUGCAUCCGCUCGGGCGAGCGUGAUGAUCUACGAUGAUGGUCUUCGGAAAUGGGUGCCGAGCGGAACUUCGUCUGGAUUGUCGAAGGUUCACAUUUAUCAGCACGUUGCGAACUGUAGCUUUCGAGUUGUGGGUCGUAAACUGCAGGAUCAUGAAGUUGUCAUAAAUUGUUCCGUUCUGAAAACGCUCAAGUAUAACCAGGCCACGCCGACGUUCCAUCAAUGGCGUGAUUGCAAGCAGUCGGUUUAUGGACUCAACUUCAGUUCGAAAGAAGACGCGGACAAUUUCGCCGCUGCGAUGCUUCAUGCCAUUCAAGUGCUCAACAGUCCUCCUCCCCAGGCCGGACCAGGCGCUCCUCUACCUCCGACUCCGAGUUCUAGCUCUUCCAGCUUGUCGCAAAUUUACAGUGGGCAUCAGCCUCCGACUCCGCCUGUUCAGCCCAUUUAUCAAUCUGUCCAGGGCAUGAAUGGGGACUGGGAGGAUCCUUAUUCGAGGGGUGUGCAAGAUCUUGAACAGGAUCCCAGGAUUAUGCCAAACAUGGGUCAAGGACAUAAUGUUAAUCCAAAUGCCAGUAUGCCUUCAUUGAUGGGGAAUGCACCGCCUACGCCCCCGAUGUCGGCGCCGGGUGGACACCAUAGAACCUCUUCAGCGCCGCCUAACCAUAGUCACGGGGCUCCACCGCCGCCACCUCCUCCGCCCCCAAACUUUAACCAAGGUCCGCCGGCGCCGCCGCCACCGCCAGUUCCUUCUAUGUCAAAUGGUUACAACGGGCCGCCACCUAUGGCCCCAGGACCGCCUCUCAUGUCAAAUGGCGGUGGUGCACCGCCGCCACCUCCGCCGCCUCCAAUGAUGCUGAAUUCAGGAGAAUCUCUGGGAUCACUUGCUUCCGCGCUUUCAGGUGCCAAACUGAAGAAAAGACAGUCGGUGGAGUCGAUCCAGUCGGCGAAUAGUGGAAGCAGUGGAACUUACUCCACGUUGGGACGGAGCAAUGGUGCGCAAGUCGCUGCAGUCGUGAAUGCGUCGCCGUCUGGCGGCGGCGGGUUGGCCGGCAUGAUGGACGAGAUGACCAAGACGCUGGCGAGGCGCCGAGCGAUUGCCGAGAGGAAGGAAGUGAAGGAGGACAAGGACGUGUCGGACGGACAAAAGCCCCGUGAGAAAACGAGUCCCGGGUCUGGUUCGCUGAACGGAACCCGUGGGAGCAACACUAGCAUUGAGGAGCGAUACGGGAAGACGCAAGGAGCGAACGGGUCGCAACUCGCAGUCACUACCACCACCAGCAGCAGUGGAUUAGUCAACGGGGAUUCCGCCAAGUCCUUGCAACGAAGAACGAGUUCCACGUCUGAAGAAGGCGUGAAGACUGAUGGCGGUGAUGCGGACGCCGUUUUGGCGGCAGUGAAACAGGAAAUGAUGCGCGAGUUGCGUGCAGAGAUCAGUCAGCUGCGGUCAGAGAUGUCCGACGAGUUGCAUAGGAUCAAAAUGGAAAUUAUUGAAGGCAAAGCGCAGUGGUCGUGA